AUGAGUGUUGCCCUGUCCGCCGAUGGCGAGUUCACCGCUUCAGGACAUGCAAACGGAGCUGUAUAUCUCUUCAACAACACCACUGGCAGACUGGCUCAUUCGCUGCAAGGUCUGGUCAAGCCCGUGAGGACGGUGGCUUNNUUUUCGCCGGCGAGCAAGUUCCUGGCUGCCGGUGGUGAUGCAAAGGUCAUUGCUUUGUAUGAUGUCAAGAAUGGCGAGCAGGUGGCCAAUCUCACUGGCUCGCAGAGCUGGGUCAUGAGUCUGGAUUGGAGCACUUCGGGUGAAAACCUGUUGAGCGGGUAUGUUUUGCAUUUCUUCUCUCUCUCUCUCCUUGAAAGAGAGAGCUCUCUUCUCGAAAUAGAAUACUGA